AGAGAGAGAAGGAUGGAAAGGGGUGGGGGAGGGAGAGAGGCAGAGAAACAGAAACACAAAGAGUACAAAAUUUCUGGAUUAUAUAGGAAGAGCUUCUGGGGAAAGGAAAACUCGGUCCCUGCACUGGAAAGUUCAAGGUACAAGGUGGGGUAUCCCAGACAGGCCCUGAUAUGGGUGGGGACUGAGGAGUGCUGGGAGAACCUGGAGGCCCAGACAGCUUUGGUGUGUUAAAUAUAUGAAGGUCAGCUGAUUGUAGGGUCUGAAUCCCAACAGCCACAAAACAAAACUCUUGUUUCCUCAAAUUUCUCUUUAAUUGUUAAUAUCUUGGGCACCCUUCCACUUGUGGGACAGAUUAAAAACUCCACUGCAAGUUGAGCAUGGGGGUUAUGCAAGCUGCAUACCUUGAUUCCAGGAGGAGGAAGGGUAAGAGCCUACUGAGUGUUGUGAGCUGAGUUCAGGUUGAAGUGAGGACCGGGUGAGCUCAGGGUCACUGCCCACGAAAGGGAGGAGCAAGCGGCUGGGCAGUGGUAGGUGGUGUGGUGGGUCCUUCCGGGGGCUGGGCGGGGAGACAGAUGAGAACGCUAUUGGAGGACAGGCACAAGUGCUACUGAAAUGCAAAUCCCUGUAGAUCUGGAAAAGGUCUGGCUUCAGGCUUGAUGCUUGGGCCGGCAACUGUGUACCUACACUGUACGUUCAGCCCCUCCUACCCUUACGGAGGUGCUCAAGUCACUCAAACUACUGGCCAAUCGGAGUCUUCAAUGGACCUGCCAAUCAAAAGGGAAGGCGGGCUUUUCCGGGUGCCUAGGUGUAGGAUUCGGUUAGUAGUUAAGCAGUCUUAACUGGUCCUGGCUGCUGUGCUCUCUGUCCUGCCGUUGGAUUCUCUGAGGCAUGUUCAGGCAAGCUCCAAAGUUGCGACAUGGUGAGCACAGGGUCGGGGGGCCGGGCGGACGGGCAUGGGACUGAGCAGUGGGAGGUGGUGUGGUGGGUCUUUCCCGGGGCUGAGUUGGAAUCCGCGGCUACCUGUGAGGUCUUAGCCACUCACUAGACCCAGCGGCAGUUUCUGAAUAACUUCCUUGUAGGGGCUGCAACUGUGCAGAGCAUUUGGCUUGUGUAUGGAAAGAUCCUUGGCGUUAUCCCAAACUCAGAAGCCUAGUUUCUACAGUUCUGUUUUCAACAUUUAACAUUAAGGUGUAAGAUCCAUUUGGAGUUAUUUUGUGGAGGUUGUGGAAGGCAUCUCAUGUGCUGGGUAGCAAUCCAAUAUCAAGCUGUAAUUGAAGGAUUAAAAAUUAAUAAUAAGCCGCCUAGCUACCCAAAAAGAAGAAGUAGGGUCUGUGAGAACAUGAACUUUUCACCCCUCCCUUGCUGUACAAUGGUUCCGGGAACAUUCUUGCAUGAAAAGUUUCCUGGAACAGCCACAAUGACCCAUAGCCUCCGGCCACAAUGGUCCAAUGGCCCUGUAAAAUGUCACUACCCCUAAUCACAAUGUCACAAAGUCCUGGGUGUGUUGCCUAGUGUUACACAUGACUAGUAUAUGACCUAACUGUAUGGGCAGUUUAUGGUUUUGGAAUUCCCCUCCUCCCUCCCUCUUGAUCCCCCUGGUUUGUGGUUUUUUUCCUUUAUAAGCUCUGUGAAAAUUCAGGUCGGGGUCGAACUCCUCUACUCCCUGUGUGGUGUAUGAGUCUUGACCCCAGCAUGCUGGCCUGAGCUCUCGUUUCAUCUCGCUUACAAUAAAUCUUCCUCGUGUGAUUACAGCAGGUCGGUGUCUGUGUCCUACUGGGUGCGCGUCUUUCCCGAGACUUGAGUGGGGGGCUCCCUUCAGGGGUCUUUCAUAAUGUAAGAGUAGAAUUGAUGAUGUAAAGGAUUUGCUAAAGGUUAGGAGAUAGCAAGGCACACUAAGUAGAAUUUAGCUGAGAGAGGACUGCCUGCAAAACACCACACGUGUAAGUAGUAAGCUAACUAGGCCUGUUAGAGAUUAGGAUGCUAGGAUACACAAGUUUGUUCACCAGGAUUGUCCAGAAAUAUGGCACCAGACCCUGAUUUGCAACCAGCCACUAGGCCCAUCUCCAUAUCAAAGAGCAGGCCUCUAACAAGCUGAUCAGUGGGGCAUUACAGGAUCACAAUCAACAGUAAGGCCUGGUGUGCCAUAAAGGUUUAGUUUUCUUCUUGAGAAAAGCAUUGUUCGCCACAUGGGCAAGAUGACCCCUGGUGACUGUAAGACCCUCGCUCUAGUCUCAGAAUGGGUCACCCCAGGUGACAGGAGAGACUGGUCUUGAUGUAAAAGCAAGAGGUCGUUUAAUAAUAACGAAGCUCCGGGCCAACACGUGUCUCACCCAAGAGACAGAGGAGUUGAACACGAAACUCAAAAGUCAGACGGUUAUAGAGACAAAGCUAGGGGGUUUUGGCGUGGUUACAUACAAUUGGCUCAUUCAAACAUAGCUGUGAGAACAAAGCAGAGAGAGUACGUGCUAGAAGUCAGGGGCUGGAGGACACCUAGUUGAGAUAUGGCCCGGAGUGUGCUAGGGGGAGAUGUCUUCCUGCCAGACGUCCCAUGAAUCAGUCCCAUUAACUCAGGCUGGUUCCUGCAUUCCUUUUCCUUAUCUUUAUGGCUUGCCAGUCCUGCCUGGACAGUGUUUCCUGUGCUCCUUUUUCUUUAUGGCCUGCUAGUCCUGGCUACAGGGCUUAGCCCUGGGUCUGUGGCCUUUUGGGGUUUAUUCUUUUAAUUUUGUAUCUCCAAACCUAGAAUAAUUCUCCUUUCAGUGACAACCAUUAGAAAAGGUAAAACAACAACAAACACUGUUGUAUUGAGUGCUGGCCUGAUCAAGCUACACUUUCCGUCUUUUUCCUGAGGACCCCGUGUUUGAGCUCCUUCUGAAACUCAGGGACAUGCUUGGCAGAGCCAGUAACCAUCUAGGGCCUAGUCCUUGGGAGCUUUCCCUGGAGCCCUGCGUAUAGAGAUAAAACAGCUCCCCUAAAACCAGGAAUAUGCUUGGGGCCAGGGCAUUUGGGAGGGGUUGCUUAAGAUUCUGAGAAUACAAGUCUUGCCACAAUAUGGGCUCUGGGUCCCUAGGCCACUAUGGGCUUGGUAAGGAAUAUUUUUGAAAUACACUGAGUUCCUUGUGCAUCACUGUUUGAUUAGACUUUUCCUGAGUGUGUCCCAUUAUAUGAUGUUUCUGCUAACUUUGUAGUUUAACCUUUCUGCUGACUUCAUAGAUGUCUCCCGUUUUUUUCCAUUUCCCUCAUGUAAACUGUAUACAAGGUGACAUUCUUCUUAAGCUUACUUAGUUUAAGACUCUCGCCCCCCACCCCCCAGCUUUUAUACUUUCUACCUUCUCCUUUUCCUAUGUUUUUCUUCCUCUGAGACCUUCCACUUAGGACACUGUCACUAACCUACUGUUUUAGGGCACUGGUGUACUUAAGAAACAUCCUGGAAAUGUUUGCUGUGUAAAUGGCUUAUCUAAGUGGCCAGACUUGUAGCCUCCAGUUUAUAUUUGAAUUGUUCAAAACUUAACCUGGAACCUGAACCUAAGACAAACCUAAGGGUGACAGCAUACAUGGAAUGUAAAAUCUACCUAGGCUAGAUUCUCUUUUAGCAUUUUAGACCCAGCUAACUGGAUCUUUGCAGGUCUUUGCUACUUUGUGGUUUCUUUUUCCCCACUUUUAAUCCCCCUCCUCAGCCCCCCUCCCCCCACCCUCGUUUCACCCCCUAACACCAGAUAGGAGAGAAACAAGGAUGGAGGAGAAAAAGAUCCUUGAAUCUGAAAGAUCCCAUGCAGAGAGACCCUUACUCAAGUCUUGGGAAAUCUCGGACCCCAGACACAGAGAGACCAUUUUGGAUGUAAUAAGCAAAGGCGAGGUUUAUUACUGAGACCUAUUACAGAGAUCUCCGCGCCGACACGUAUCCCGCGCAGGAGACAGAGGUGUCGACCACGAAACUCAAAAGUCAGAGGGUUAUAUAGAGAAAGCUAGGGGGUUUUGGCGUGGUUACAUAUAAUUGGCUCAUUCAAACAUAGCAGUGAGAACAAAGCAGAAAGAGUAUGUGUUAGAAGUCAGGGGCUUAUCAGGGUCUGGAGGAUGGCCCUGAGUGAGCUGGGGGGAGAUGUCUUCCUGCCAGACAUCCCAUGAAUCAGUCCCAUUAACUCAGGCUGGUUCCUGCAUUCCUUUUCCUUAUCUUUAUGGCUUGCCAGUCCUGCCUGGACAGUGUUUCCUGUGCUCCUUUAUCUUUAUGGCCUGCUAGUCCUGGCUGCAGGGCUUAGCCUUGGGUCUGUGGCCUUUUGGGGUUUAUUCUUUUAAUUUUGUAUGUCUAAACCUAGAAUUCGCAUAAUUCUCCUUUCAAAUCUAGUUCCUUGUACUCGAUCCAGCAGCGUCAGUUCAACAGUCUCUGCUGGGGGGAGUGAAGAUGCAAAGCCAAGAGUUAGAUUUGGGGGUACUGCUGGUUAAUACAGCUGUCUCGAGUUUGUUUUUCAUAAUUUUUAUGCCCCAUAGUGCCAUAGAAAGCAAAGCCACAAAUUAACAAAGAAUUCUCCAAAAUAUGUUCAGAAUAUCAGUUCUUAUCCAGAGGCACCUCCCUGUUCCUUCCACCAAGGUUGAUAGAACUUUCAGCCCCUCCAAUCAUUCCAUGCCUCAGCAGGCUGAUAAAUUUGCCUACAGCCCCUGACCCACUUUGAGUGCCUGGGUACAUACAAAGAAUAGGGUCAGUUGUAAGGCACAAACAAAGUAGCCAAGUGUGGGGAGCCGACUUGCCUGAGACCCCAACAUUGAGCUAAUUAGGACAGACAAAGAACAUAGGAAAGCUCACCUAAAGGACAAGCUCAGUGGAGAAAACCUAAGGUUCUAGCUAAAGUGCGGAUACCAAUCUGGGGGUCAGCAUUGCUCAGUAACAAGGCUUGCCAGGAGCGCUGACAAAAAUCUGGUGUUCCAACAGGUUUGCCAAGUGGAGGCUCCUAACCUUUUUUUUGGGAGCUAGCUCCAUACAGACCUUUGCAAAAGAACCAGCUUCCUAUAGACUCCUACAGACCCAGGGCUGUGACAUUUUGCUGAGAGCCAGUUUCCUCCAGACCCACAGAUAGUGACCUUCUACUAGGGCCCAACUUUCUACAGACCUAGGCCAACAUCCCACAGGAGUGAGCCAACUAUCCUGUUGCAGGAUGGGACAACCAAGGAAGAAAAAACGUGUAAACAAAGUUCCCGAGGUCACUGUAUUGUGUUUAUCAAGAUGACCAAGAUACGAGGAACACAUUACUCUGUCCCAUCCAACAGGACAGUCAGUCAGGGUCCAGGGGGGUACCAAGAGGAGAAUGGGGGACAAGAGACUUGAAGAACUCUAAUACAAGCGUCUGAUCAAGGUGACAAUUUUAUUCUUGCUCUGGUCAUAUACUAUAGCAAGACUGGGGGAGGAGGAAAUCUUCAGGGGGCUGGGAGACCUCGAUGUAUUAGCCUAUGAUGAAGUUGGCUCACACCUGCGGGAUGUUGGCCUAGGUCUGUAGGAAGCUGACUCCCCCACAAAGGUCAGGAGCCUCCACUUGGCAAGGCGGUUUCUAAGCAAAGCUGACCACCAGAUUUGUAUCAGCCUUUCUGUAAGCUUUCCUAGAACACUGUUUUUUUGUUUUUUUGUUUUUUUUCCCACUGAGCUUGUCCAUUUGAUGAACUUUCAUCUGUCCUUUGUCUGUCCUAAUUAGCUCAAUGUUGGGGUCUUAGGCAGGUUGGCUCCCUCAGCUGUAUUUUUUUUUUUUAAACUUACUUUCUUGUCGUAGCCCACUGGCAAAUAUACUUGUCAUUUUCCUAGAAGUGGUACCAAGAGCUCUCCACACCUGGGAGAGUAGAAGAUUCUAAUAAAAUACAAAUUUACCACACUAGGGCUCUGUCUGCCCCUAGGGUGUGGUGGAAGGGCAGAGCUGGGAAGGCCUGUGCUGAGUCAUGCAAUCUCUAAUCCUCCAAUAGAGGGGCUGCUACCAUUCUCUGGGGAGCCUAGCAAUCAGGAGGAGCACCAGUGGGAGGUAGCUUGCAGGUUCUUUCCAUAUUCUCUGAUGUAGUUCAUCAGAGAGCUGUGAGGGAGAUUUUGCAGCCACCAGGAACAACAGGUUGGCUCAGCUAUCAGAGUCCAAUCUGACUGGACUGAUGUGGACUGUGAACCAGACUGUGGUGCUGUUGGUACAUGUGGUGUCCUGGGCAGAGGACCUUGGCCUCUGAGCCUCUCUGAGUGUGGAUUCCCUGGGGAGGAGGCUCUGCAUCUGGUUAUAAGGUGUGUUGAUUAUAAUAUCACUGCCCAGUGUGCACACAAGCAUUGCUCUUGGUGUGCAGAAGACAGAUUUCAAAACUGAAAAUCCGGUUUCUAGAAGUUCUGAAGAUUGUAUUGCAAAUUUAUUUUGUGUGAUAAAUUUUACAAAUAGUUUUGAAACUGGGAGGGAUGAGGUUAUGAGAAUCAUCCUUUGGCAAUACUUGGUUAAAAUCCUUUUACCUUUCCACUAUCAGCAGUCACAGUGAAUGGAGUGAUUCAGGGAAAUUCAGUUCCAGAGUCCAAAAGGAGUUUCUGAGAUGCAGAGGUUUCUCAGGUGUGCAGGGUGGGGUGUAGGUGGGUAGGGCAGAUUCUACAUCAUUACUAAAAUCCACAUGGCAUCAUGUGCAAGCAGACAUUAAAUUAUUCUUCAACCUUCGUUUGUGUGUGGGUUCAGGGGGGCUGGGUUUGUGUGAGAUCACACAGGGGCAUUGGGAGCCGCAGAGCCAUAACCCUCCUUUCUUACCACCUUCACACAGAGAGUGUGGGGUCAGUAGUGGCCGGAGGGUCAGAAAUAUAGCAGUUUAGGGGUCAGUUUGAGUUAUUUUUUGUUGGAGUUGGGAAGUCUGUGUUUUUUUUCCAUUUGAAUACACAUGCAAUCGUAGGUAAUAUUGGUCAAGUUCACAUUUUUCCUGGCUGAGUUUCCUUAGGUCUUUUGAUUAAAACUUGACUAUAAUUUGGGGCUUAUGUUCUUGCCUUUUUUUCUCUACAUCUCAUUUUUUCGCAAAUGUGCUAAACUUUUGAUCGCUGUAGCACUUUGUUAAGUACAGAUGGAAUCUACACUGUGCCAAAAUGUGUACUAUUUCUUUAUAAUCCUGUUGAUGAUUCUGAGGUUUUUUUCACAUGGCAAAUAGCUUUGAAAUCAGCUGUCCUGUUAUGUAUUAUUAGACGUUUUCUUUAGAUUGUAUUGAAUUUUUGCUGCAAAUUUAACAUACCGAACAUUGCUUUUUUAACAUCACUGUAAUGGUGUUGUUUACAGUUAUAUAAGUUGGUAAAAGAUAUUCUCCAUAAUAAUUCAUUUAGCAAGCUAUAUAGUACAUGUGUGAAACUGAAACUGAUGUGAAAUAAUGUCCAAAGCCAUAGAAAGAGGACUUUAGUGUAGACUUUAGUGACACAGAAUUCAUCCUUAGGCUCACGUAGGUCUUUAUAAGUAUGACUUAAUUGAGAAAGCAAAAAGAGUGAAAAUAAAGCAUGGUCCAGAAUUGGACAAUAAAUCUGGAUGUGACACAGGAUUGUGUCUUAGCACUAAAGUCUGAUAGCAGUAGGUUGGGAUUUUCCAUAGAUACCUACUAAAACUAGUUAAGACUAUGUUUCUAUAGUUGUUGUAAAAUUGUGCAUAUUUAAUAUAUGUAUUCUGAUACAUGUGUACGUAAUACCUACACCCAAGCAACCCCAUUCAACAGAGUGUUGUAUAGGAAUCGAGGCUCGUGCCCAGACAGACCACACCUGGCCAGUACGGUUCCACGUGAGAGACUUUCAUUGGUGCUGGGGAUGGGGGAUGCACAAAGGAGGGGAGGAGACAAAGGAGGAAAAGAGAAAGAAGGGGCGACGGUCAGGAGGGGUUGGCUUUUUAUUUGGGUAGGGACAUAACUUCUUGCAGGUGAGGGUAGGAGAUGGGCUAGGAGGACACUGGAAAUAUAUGACAACAGAUGCUCAGGUCCCUUUCACCUCUGGGUGACGUCACUGCUAUCGCUGGGUUUGGAGACAACCUGCAACCAUAAAGCCGAUUCCUCAUACCAACACUAAGUUCUCAUAAAAAUGACAGAAUUGCCAUGGAUCCCAGCAGUCUUCUCAGUAUAGUUUCCAUGCACUUGAAAUUAGUUUUAAAUCGUUCCAGAAUGCUCAUGUUUCUUGCAGUUGUAUUCAUACUUGCCUAAAUAUGAAAAUAACAUCAAUGCUCAUUUGUUGAGGACCAGCUAGGUGCCUCUAGGCGACCAAGGGUGCCUUGGGUUAAAGAAGUGGAUAAAGGAUUAUGCACUUGUAAAGACUCUCACAGUCAGUGCUUUAUUGUCAUAAAACAGCAUGUAAUUAUAGCUUAAGCAUUAUCAACCCAUUUCUUUCUCCCAUAUAAUUUUAACCUUUAAUGCACUCUUAUUAUCAGAUGGAUAUGGGAGCUUGAACCAUGUUGUCAACAUUGUAGGUAGCACUCGAAAAUGAAGGGUGACCAAGUCAACUCAGUCAGUCAACAGGGUCUCAAGGGAGGGAGUGAGGAUUGAAAGGAAAAAGAAAAUAAGACAAUAUAUAGCAUGAUUCUAGUGAGUGCUGAGGCUGAAGUGGGUUUAUUUUUUCCAGUCUGCUUUUCUACCGUUUUUAGUACAAGCAAAUAAUAAGGUCAAUUCUAGGUCAAGGAACAAACAAGGCACAAAGACCUGUGAUCAUUGUUUCUAAGGGCUCAUCAGUUUGACAAGAGAAAAGGACUGGUUCUAGCCCAAAUGUAAAUAUUCUUACCUGAACCUACUGCCUAAGUCCUAGUCCAUGGUCAAAUUCCUCCCAAAUUCCUAUAGAAGGGCAGAAAGCAGAGAAUCUAGCUGAAACAAUCUCCUUCAAAGAGUUUUUUUUCCUAAUGUUUAUUUAGAACAUUAUGUGGAGAAGAGAAGUGAAAUAUCAAGCUUUCUGUAGCAAGAGUUGUUGUAGAUGAGAAGCAAAUGUGUUAUUAUAGUAUGCUGUAAAAAUGCAGAAAGUGGCUUUAUUUGGAUGGCAUGAGAGCCCUCUGCCAAUGAGUCAUACUGCAUGAAGAAGUACAAUGGAGGUUAAGAAACAGAUUGACGGGGACUGGAGAGAUGGCUCAGUGGUUAAGAGCACCGACUGCUCUUCCUGAGGUCCUGAGUUCAAAUCCCAGCAACCACAUGGUGGCUCACAACCAUCUGUAAUGAGAUCUGAUGCCCUCUUCUGGUGUGUCUGAAGGCACAGUGUACUCAUACAAUAAAAUAAAAUCUUAAAAAAUAAAUUAAAAAAAAUUUAAAAAAAAAAAAAAGAAACAGAUUGACAGGGUUGGGGAUUUAGCUCAAUGGUAGAGCGCUUGCCUAGGAAGCGCAAGGCCCUGGGUUCGGUCGCCAGCUCCGAAAAAAUGAAAAGAAAAAAAAAAAAAGAAUAGAAAAAAAGAACCAGAUUGACUGUUUUGUUUGAGUUUAAAAACUAACAAUAAAUUAGAGUUGAACAAACAUGUAAAAGUCUUAGAUAACUGACUCGGCUCUUUGUUUUCUCUGCCUUUAGUAACUUAUCUUAGAUGGUAAUACUUUCAUUUUUGCUUUGGAGAAAGCGUUUAAACAUUUAAUAUUUUUAUACAUUGGUUUAUUUAGGCUUAAUGCAUAAUAUAGUUAAUGUAGCGAUUUUGUACAACACCUCAUUUAUUUCUAUUUGAAUAGUUAUUCAAACAUUAGUUUUUCUUAAAAACAAUUAUGAGUAUUCCUUUGGAAUGAAAUGAAAAGCAUUGUAAUUCCACAUUCCUAACUAGUGAAAUCUAACACAAGAAAGUAACUCCUUUUGUUUCCUGCGUAAUAUAUAUUUCACAUUGCUGAGAACAAAACUUCUGAUUUCACAUAUAGAAUGGGCCCAAGAUGAGCUUGUCAUGAAUUCCUGUGUUGCUGAGUAUUUGAUCGAAUUGUGAACCCAGAGACUGUCCAAUUUACUGGCGGGGGCGGGGGGUGGGGUGGGGAGCUGUUUCUAACUGGUAUGGCUCAGCCCUUAGUACACACCUUUGCUCUCAAAUGAUGAAGGUAAACAUAGUUUUAGAAGGAAGCACUCAUGUUCGUAAAUAAUGUAUAAUUGAGUGACUGAAAAAAUGAUGAAUCAGGGAAAGAUCUGACAGAAUAGGAUAUACCCAACUCUCAAGAGAAGAGGGAAAAGAGGCAAUAUAAGAGGAAGCAGUGAAAGAAUAAAAAAUUCAGCUAAUAUGUCAGAAGUUUAAAAAUGCUAUCUCACCCCUAAGAAGCCUUAAAUACCUCAAAUUCCAGACCCUGCCUUCUAUCUGUAAGUAGGUAAAAGGUCACAUUUCUUGAGCCUGCUCUCCCAAGAACUAGUAAAAGGACUUAAGAUAAGGCCCUUAGGGCUGGAGAGAUGGCUCAGUGGUUAAGAGCACCGACUGCUCUUCCAGAGGUCCUGAGUUCAAAUCCCAGCAACCACAUGGUAGCUCACAACCAUCUGUAAUGGGAUCCGUGAUGCCCUCUUCUGGUAUGUCUGAAGACAGCUACAGUGUACUCAUAUACAAAAUAAAUAAAUAAAUACAUUUUUAAAAAAAGGAGAAAAAAAGAUAAGGCCCUUAGAUAUGCGGUUCCCGAACUAGUAAAGAUAAUAGAAAGCUUCUCCCAGCAGCUAACUGUCUGCAAAGUUAAAUUAGAAUCUUAACAGAACAACCUUGAGAAGCAGGAAGCUUCUCCUAGGAACUAAAGGGAACACAAAGUUAAGCAAUCUUGAGAGGCAGGAAGCUUCCUGUGAUUUUCCAGUGACACCACCCCUGCUGCCUUGGGCUGUGGUUUCUCCCUUUAAAUACCCUUUCUUCCAGCCUAUCUGGGUCGAACUCCUAUGCCCCUGUGUAGGAUAUGAGUCUAGAGCCCAGUGCACUGGUUCCUAUCAAUAAACCUCAUGUUUAUUACAGCAAGGACCGUCUCUCGUGAGUUCUUGGGGGUGAGUCAUCCCGAAACUUGAGUGAAACUCUCCCCGCUCUGGGGGUCUUUCAGCAGCACAGAGGGUAAGAGGAGGAGGCAGUUUUACCUGGAGAAUUUUACAGAGACAGGCAGGCUAAAGACAGAAAAAGAGAAAAUGAGCAAGAGAAUGAGAAGAGAGCAGUUGACUAGAGUUCAUUUGAGACCAAGCACAGCAAUUCAGUCAGAAGUGAAAGACACAAUUUGAAGUGGUUAGCAUGAAGAGUUUGAGCUAGAAGAGCAGAGUUGACCAGCCAGAGUUCAGAAAGAACAAGAAAGGGUGAUUUUGGUUGGGGAUUUAGCUCAGUGGUAGAGCGCUUGCCUAGCAAGCACAAGGUCCUGGGUUCGGUCCCCAGCUCCGAAAAAAAGAAAAGAAAAAAAAAAAAAAAAAGAAAAAAGAAAGGGUGAUUUUAUUCAACAGUUAAGUCUCAGAUGCCCAAAACACUCAAGUGCCCGACCCUCCUGAGCCCACUCAGUGUUUGCCCCCUGCUGAGCCUUGCUGAUGCAGGUUGAAGCUUUAGUUCCUAACAAAGGAACAUCUUGAUCUUUCAGUUUGGCACCUGGGCUGAAUUCAGUUCCUGAAUUUUGUUCCUGUUUUUCACCUGAGGGCACAACCUAUUUUUCCACUUUGCUCCCUGGAUUUCUCCACCCAGUGAACUUGGGGUGUAUAUUCUGUGAACCUCAGUAAAGCUUUGGCAUUUUCUUUGCACAAAUGACCCCAGUCUGUGUCUUUUGUUAAAUCCCCCAGGCCUAUGCCCUGUCAUUCUAGACCUAGAUAAGAUUGUACAGAAUCUAUAAGCUUCCUUGACUAGGCCUAGAUUAUCAGAAGCAGGAAGUAACCCUUCAAGGUAUUUUUACACUUCUAUGUCAUAGUAACUGUCUACAAAAAUAGAAAGAGAACUGUAUGUAUCACAAUCAUGCUGCCCCUAACUUUACGAUUUUGCUCUUCUUUGUUCGCUAUAGCUUCCCUCCUUUGCAUUUUCAUUAAAGCAAUAUUGAAUUAAGUUUUUAAAUGAGGGUAGAUUCUCAUAUAAUAUAUCCUGACCACUGUUUCCCCACCCUACACUCCCAACUACCCCCCACUUCUAUCCUUUCCCCAAGAUCCACCCCCCCCCCACCCAUUUCCUCUUCAAAACGGAGCAGACCUAACAGACAAAACAAGAUAGAAAAAGACAAGGUGAAAGUCUUCAUAGUGGACAAGGCAACCUGAUAGGAAAAAUCUCAAGAUCAAGCCAAAGAAUCAGAGUUACACCUGCUUCCACUGUUACAGUCCCUCAAAGACACCAAGCUAACAGCCAUAACGUAUCAGCAGAGGACCUGGCAUAGACCCAUGCUGUCUCUAUGCUUGCCAUUUAAGUUUCUGUAAGAUUCCUAGAAAUCCAGUCAGUGUUAGUCAUGGGUUUCCUCUCAUGUCAAGGGCCUCAAGUUAAACCAAACAUUGGUUGGCCACUCAAACCAAUUUGUUACCAUCAUGCCCCAGCACAUCUUAGGAAGGAUCAAUUGUAGGUGUGUGUGGGUGUUGGGCGCAGAGGGGGUGUUUCCAGGUUUCUCUUUCUUCUUUUUAGCCUGUAGAGUACCUUCUCUCCUCAAAGAGAAUAGAACACCGGGGUGAAGGCUCCGAGCCUGUACUAGCUUGACCUCUGCAUUCAGUGAACUGUGUGGAAUUUGUCCUUAAUGAUCAGUCCCUGCUGUCAGUUAUCUGAGAGAAAAGUUUGUCCUUGCAUCAGCAAGGAUUGUUGAAGGAGCUCAAGGGACCGCCUUGGCCAAGAGCUCAACCAAAUGUAACUUAUUAGCAACAUCGAAGCCCUGUCUGGUUUCAAAGGAUGGUCAGUUCAGACUCCAUAUCCUCCAUUACUAGGAGUUUUCAUUAGGGUCACCCUGGUCAUCCAGGAAGUUGUCAUUGUACUGGAUUUCUAUACUAAUUCCAAAUAACCCCUAAUUCCAGCUGUUUCUACCUGCAUUGUACUUUCCCCUGCAUCCCCCUCAACUGAUCCUCCCUACUCCUGUUCCCAUCAAACUCUGGUCUACUCACAGAAAUUAUUCUAUUUCCCCUGUAGAAAGAGAUCUGUGCUUCCUCCCUAGAGUCCACCUCUUUAACUAGCCUCCCUGGGUUUAUUACUAUUUACCUAAUAGGUAAUAUCCACUUGUAAGUAAAUGCAUGCCAUGUUUGUCAUUCUGGGUGUGAUUUCUUUAGUUGCAUUUACUUGCCUGUAAAUUCAUGAUGUCAUCUUUUUAAACAGCUGAGUGAUACUCCAUUUUAUAAAUGUACCACAUUGUUUGUUUACCCUGUAAGGUUCAAAGUGAGUCUUAACUACCAGGAGAUCCCCCAAGUGAGGCAUGAGAAUGGAGUUUAAUGCAAAGGAUGCAUUGACCUAUGAUGAUGUACAUGUGAACUUCACUCGAGAAGAAUGGGCUUUGCUGGAUCCUUCACAGAAGAGUCUCUACAAAGAUGUGAUGCUGGAGACCUACAGGAACCUCACUGCUAUAGGUUACAAUUGGGAAGACCAUACUAUUGAUGAGCAUUGUCAAAGUUUCAGAAGACAUGGAAGGUAAUUUUCAUGUGCAAGUUCGUAUGAAUAUGCCCCUGAAGAAAUGUUAGUAUGUCCUGGAACUUUUAAAGGAAAGCAACAGUGUUAACAAAAAAAAAAAAAAAAAAAGCACUUCUUUAACUGUAUUGAUUAUUAAAUUCUCAGAAAUCCAUGUACCUCAA